AUGGCUUAUGCACCCUCUCUGGCAGGAUCUAUCUAUGCUGUCCUGCUGGUUAUUCUAGCCGAUCUGCGUAAAGACGUCAUACAAUCCGUUGGUGACUUUGCUUGGACGGUCGCCAACGUUCUACGUGAUCCCGACCCAAAUACUGUGGCAGGUAGUAUAGUCAUUCAGCGUAUCAUCCCGGCUAUAGACCGCGUGCGAGCGCAGCUACCUCUGCAAUUUGACGCACUGUACUCUCCUCCCAUGCUGGUAGAACUUGGCGUGGCAUUGGACGCGCUUGAUUGCUCCAAUCUUGAGCACUCCGAUAAAUUGUUCGGCUCCCUAAUACUCAAGUGA